UUAACAUUUUUGUUUCUUUUUUUCCCAAAUCAAUUUACGUGUCAUCUUACCUCACCUUCCCUGUCAUUUCUCAACAAUCAAAACAACCCUUCCAAUAAUUUCCAUUAUAAAUUACAAAUUUUCCUCUCACAAUUAAAAUUAAAAAAAACCCUAAAACCCAAUUUCACCAAUCUUCAUCAAUCUUCACAUUCAACCAUGUCUCGAUUCAGCAACAACCUAAUCGGAAUCCUCAACUUCCUAACCCUACUCCUCUCAAUCCCCAUCCUCGUCAUGGGCGUCUGGCUCCACAAACAAUCCACCACCGAAUGCGAACGCUUCCUCGAAAAACCGAUCAUCGCGCUCGGCGUUUUCCUCUUGGUGGUUUCUCUCAUGGGCUUAAUCGGUUCCUGUUGUAGAGUUUCAUGGCUUCUAUGGUUUUAUCUUCUUGUGAUGUUUUUGCUGAUUGUGCUGCUUUUCGCGUUCACGAUUUUUGCGUUUGUUGUUACUAAUAAAGGGGCGGGGGAAGCGGUGUCGAAUCGGGGGUAUAAGGAGUAUAGGCUUGGGGAUUAUUCGAAUUGGUUGCAGAAUAAGGUUACGGAUGGAGGUGCUUGGAAGAGGAUUAGGAGCUGUUUGGCGUCCGGGAAGGUUUGUGAGGAUUUUCAAGCAAAGUAUUUGAAGGAUAAUGUUGAACAGUUUCAUUCUGAGCAGUUGUCUGCUCUUCAGGUUGGGGUACGAUAUACGGUCCAGCAUACGGCAUUUUUAAAAAUAUUCAAGUCUGGAUGUUGUAAGCCUUCAGAGGACUGUGGUUUUACUUAUGUGAGCCCAACAAACUGGACGCCCGGAACUGUUAAUUCUACCAACCUUGACUGUAAAGCUUGGAAUAACGAUCCAAAGAUUCUGUGUUUCGAUUGCCAAUCUUGCAAGGCUGGGUUACUGCAAAACCUCAAGACUGAUUGGAAGAAGGUGGCCGUUGUGAACAUCAUAUUCCUGAUUUUCCUGGUCAUUGUAUACUCCAUCGGCUGCUGCGCAUUCAGGAAUAACAGGAAGGACAAUUGGAAGAGAUAUUAGGCUCUUCAGUAUUAUUAGCAUCAGUAUUAUUAGCAUGUAGAUGAUUUAGGCCAUUUGGUUUUAUAUGCUGAUUUUGUGUGUGUGGAUUUCAUACUGUUUUUCAGUACAGUUUGACUGUUUUCUGUAAAUUGCUCAAUUUUAUUAUAUUACAGUAUGUGGAUUGAGAUGACUUCAAAUUAA